AUGGCUAUGCCGUUAAACAUAUAUGACGUCGUUCGAGUUAAUUCUUUAAUGGAAUGUAUGUAUGUAUGCGUCCAGGACGAGCAGUGUGCCUCAUUCAACUUUGGAACAACGAUUGACAACGACACAACCGAUUGUGAGUUGUGCUCAGAAUUGAUGUCGUCUUGUUAUGACUUGGAACCCAAGUCAAUGUUUGGCUAUUGGCGCAACGGAUACAUGGGUCCCGAAUCUGCCACGUCUCGUAUUCUUACAACGACAUCAAAUGAUUCAACAAAUGAUUCUACGACGCCAACAAAUGAUCCCAUAACAACAACAAAUGAUUCCCCGACGCCAACAGAUGAUCCCAUAACGAAUUCCCCGACGCCAACAAAUGAUCCCAUAACGACAACAACGGGUGAUAACUGCGGUGGGUCAAUCGAUGUUGAAGCUGCAUACACGUCCGGCAAUGAAAUCAGUCUAGUCGACAAAAACAAUGGCCAUUAUACCAGCACUGUAAACAGCAAUGGGUCGUUAAAUUCGGUGUCGGCUAGAGGAAAUUUGGAUUUACUGUAUGGUGGAUUGUUAGAGACCAUAAUCUUCAGAGAAAUCAACUCUGUCGGUGGGAACUUAAGUGAUGGUGUCAAUUUAUUCUUUAACGGUAAUGAUAUCCACUGUAUGGAUAAAUCUUGGCUCGUUGACAAUUUGGGGCUCGGUUGUCUUGUACAUGGCUUUUGGACGAAAACAAUCACGCAGAUAUUCGGCGCUGGAACCCCAUCAACAGUCAACGCAGCUGUGGAGGCAACUUCAAACAGAACGUACCUUUUCGAUGACAUCACUGUGUAUAUAUCCGAACGUCAUGGACUUAAUGUUGUCACUGGUUCGCUUGUUGAUAGCUAUGGAAUACGAGAUUCAAGAGCGGAGAAUCUAUGGCUUGGGAUCCCUAAUGGUGUAACGGCCGUAGCUGGAUGGCCUGAUAACAAUGACCAGUUUCUUUUCUUUGUCGGGAAGACCUACUAUGUUUAUGAUACCGUUGCGAAACAGAAUGUGCUUGGACCGUUAUGUGUUCCAAACUAAUUCGAAUAGUUUGUAA